AUGCUCGCUCUCCAAAUAAAUAAGACUGAUUAUCUUAUUCUUCAAUCAAUACUAACUAAAUACCCUUGCCAUUUUUAUGCUUAUGGUUCCCGAGUAAAAGGAACCGCCCGGAAAUUUUCUGAUUUAGAUCUUUGCUUUAAAGAAAACAUUCCCAGUUAUAAGUUAGUGGAAUUGGAAGAAAAAUCGGGAAACAGUGAUUUGCCUUUUAUGGUCGAAUUACCAACUAUUUACCAUCCCGGAAAAAUAUUGAAAGAAGAGUUUUUAAUUCCCGCUCACAUUAGUUUAGCCCAAUUAACCCGUGAUAUUAAUGUUUCUUCCAAAUUAAUUAAGGAAAUAAUUGCCGAAGAAAGAGACCUUGAUAAAGAUAUUGCUACUCGUUUAUCGCUUUAUUUCAGCACCGCUCCUACUUUCUGA